CUCGACUCCAACUCAUCCUCCUCGGCCAAACGUCACACGUGCAGACAUGGAAAUUCUUGUAGCUUCUACGCCUCCAAGGCUUCCCUUCUUCACUCACAUAACCAAGAAAAACUUCAAGCCUACGAAGUCGCUGCAGAUUAUUAACUGCUCCAGGAACGUUGGAGAGAGCAAUAGUUUAUCUGGAGCUCCUGUCCGGAGGGAGUCUAGAAGCCCUAGUGAUGUGAAGGUGCAUCAGGAAGGUUUGAAAUCCAUUUAUACUGAGAAAGAGGAGAAGCAUAAUGACAUCUUGCAACUAUUUAAUGAAGCUCAAAAAAAUAUUCUGCACUUAAACAAACAGCGCCUACUGGCAAUGGAGGAGCUUGAAAGGAUAAAGAAGGAGAGGGAUUCAAUGCUUGCUCGGUUAGAGCUAUUGGAGAUGAAUACGAUUGUUAAAAGAGAUAAACUCACAAUGAGCUCAGAGUUGCUUCUUAGAAUAGAUUCCUUGGUUCUCAAUGGCAUUAUUGGCCAUAGAGAGGCAUCUGAUUUAAGAAGGCUAGUCAUGUCUUCAAGGGGAUGUUUGGUAGACGAUUUGUAUGACAUUAUUUGCAAAAACGAUGCUGAAUUUUUGGCUGAGUUGCGCCACUUUUCAACGAGAAGUCAACAGAUUUGUUUUCACAUAAUUCACAUAUGUACGGAAAUGUCACCUGUGGUUUCUGUUGGUCCUCUGGCAUCAUAUGUUACCAGCUUAUCAUGUGCUCUACAGAGAAAAGGAAAUCUUGUCGAGGUUAUUUUGCCCAAGUAUGCGUGCUCGAAAUUAGAUGAAGUUCAAGGAUUAAAAGAAAUUGAUGUGGAGCUGUAUUCAUAUUUUAAUGGUCAGUUACACGGGAAUAAGAUUUGGACAGGGGUUGUCCAUGGCAUUGGAGUUACCUUCAUAGAGCCUGUUUCUUAUGCAUCCCUUUUUAGCCAUGACAAAGUGAAAGUGUAUGGGUAUUCAAAUGAUUUUGAGAGAUUCACCUAUUUCUCUCGUGCUUCACUGGACUACCUAGUUAAGUCAGGGAAGCGACCUGAUGUGCUUCAUAUUCACAAUUGGCAAACGUCAAUUGUUGGACCACUUUUCUGGGACGUUUUUGUCAAUCAGUGCCUUGAACAACCUGGAAAGCUAGCAUUAUGUGGGCUUGAUCCAUCUAGAUUGUUUCGAUCUGAUCGACUGCAAGAUAACAAUAAGUCUCAUCUAGUCAACAUUUUAAAGGGUGGAGUUGUUUACUCCAAUAAGGUUAUCCUAAUGUCAUCUGGACAGACAAAAGGCCAGAUCAUUAAUUCUUCCGGACAUGGCUUGGAACCGACCUUCGGUAUUCAUAGGGAAAAGUUGGUGGUUGCUCCUUCUGGCCUCGAUAAAUCAACGUGGGAUCCUUCACGCGACAAUUUAAUACCAAAAAGUUAUAAUGCUGAUGAAAUGAAAGGAAAAUUCGUGUGUAAAGCCACAUUGCAGCGUAGACUGGGUUUACAUGAAGGAACCUCCAAAGUUCUUCUUAAGCCGCUAGUUUGGAUGAUGUCUAGGCGGGGAGUUCAGUUUGUUUUCAUGGGAUCUAGCCAACUUCCUGGAAUCAGGAGGGCCUUGAAGCUUUUUCAGGAAGAAGACGAAAAUGUGCGAUUCAUUGAUGAAUAUGAUGAAGAAUUAUCGCAUCUGAUAUUUUCAGGAUGUGACAUUAUGCUAUGCCCAUGUUUUGAUGAUCCUGUUCUCCAAGUGCCUGAACACAACCCAUCACAAUGGAUUACAAGGAUAAGCGAUGCUAUGAGAAAGGAUUUCUCAUGGGACUCGGAGUGUGCAGAUGUGCAUAUUUCUGCAUAUACAGCAGUUAGAGAUUUAUAAAUUAAUAAGAUUCUGGAUAUUAGUACAUGUUGAUUGACUAUACUUGCUAGCUAAUAUGUAUGUAUGUGCAGAUAUGAAAGGAGAUACUUCUUUGUAUAUAUAAUAAAUUAUAAUACCAAUGUAAAAUGAUGAAAUUAUAUAUGACUAAGAGUGAUUUGUAUGAUAAAAUUAGGCUAAAUUGCAAAAAUUAGCCAGUAACUUAUACAAGUUGGCAGUUUUAGCCACCUUUUGGAUUUGGCAAUAGUAGUCAAAAGGUUUUAAAGUUUCGGUCUUUCUACCCAAUUCUGGCCAAAUCGUCAGAGUUCCGACUGAUA